AUGAAUGACAAUGGCGACAGAGAGGUGGACUACACACUAAACGAUCUCGGGCUGACGGGUGAUAUUCUCAUGAAUGACAAUGGCGACAGAGAGGUGGACUACACACUAAACGAUCUCGAUCCGGAAACUGGAACCAUGAGACCGGUGGCGACCUACUUUGGUGCUCGACGAAUUCUCGACAAACUACCUGGCGUCGAGAUUCACUGGCCCAAGAGCAAGGGGCCACCACCUGAUGUGCCCGACUGUGGUUUCACCGGCGAAGCGGCGCACUGUCAACCGAAAGAGGCCUUCCCCAUCUGGGCCUCCAUUCUCAUUACCUUUGUCGUGGUGACCAUAGUGGCUCUCGCCGUGUCGCUCUUUGUCUACAAGAAGAUUCGCCUGGAGCAGGACCUGAAUGACAACUGGUGGAAGAUCUCCUACGAGGACAUUAACUUUGUGCACCAGAGGGGCGCCGGCGGCGGCCACAAGAGCGCCAUGAGCAUGGCCACCAGUGAGACGGAUGGAUACCAGUCGGGGAAGACCAGCUCGCUGAAGGCGGGCAGCAUUGGUCACUCGCUGAUCAGCGCCGCCGGUGAGCUGGACACCGUUCUGGUGGGCAUCUACAAGGGCGUUCGAAUUGCCUUCAAGCCGCUGAACAUCAAACGGCUGAUGAUCAAUCGACAGCUGCUGAUGGAGGUGAAGCAGAUGAAAGACAUUCUUCAUGAAAAUUUGGUUCGAUUUAUUGGCCUGUGCAUCGAUGAGCCCAACUAUGCAACAGUCAAUGAGUUGAUGAUUCGCGGAAGUCUGCGAGACUUACUUGAAACGGAGAAAAUUCAAAUCGACUGGACCUUCAAGUACAGCAUGCUUACUGACAUUGUCGAGGGAAUGCUCUUUCUGCAUGGCAGUCUGCUCGACUACCACGGUCACCUGAAGUCGACCAACUGUGUCGUCGAUGGACGGUUCAUGGUCAAGAUCACCGACUAUGGAAUAAGAUCCCUGCAUGCACAAAUCACCCGUGAGCAAGAGACCGCCUCUCGGGCGCUGCUCUGGACCUCACCGGAGAUACUGCGCAGCAAGGACCCGCUGAACACUGGCUCAAAGAAGGGCGACAUCUACUCCUUUGCCAUCAUCCUCCAGGAGAUCAUCACCCGAUGUCCGCCUUUUCAGUCACUGGAACGACUCGGUCGCAAGAAGAUCGUCUACGAACCAAAUGAGAUCCUGGACCGCGUUCGGAUGGGCACUGUGCCGCCCUUCAGACCCGAGGUCGCUCCCGACGAGUGCUCCAAAGAGCUGCUGACGCUGAUGCACGAGUGCUGGGCAGAGCAGCCGGCCAGCAGACCCGACUUUGUGGCCAUCAAGCCGCGGCUGCGGAAGAUCACCCAGGGCAUCAGCAGUCGAAACUUCCUCGACAACCUCCUCAACCGAAUGGAGCAGUACUCGCAGAAUCUGGAGCGAAUCGUUGAGGAGAAGACGCAGUCGGUGAUUGAGGAGAAGCAGAAGACUGAGGAGCUGCUCUAUCAGCUGUUGCCGCGCUUCAUUGCUGACGAGCUGAAGCGAGGAGCGCACGUCAAGCCUGAGUCAUAUGACUGCGUGACCAUCUUCUUCAGCGACAUUGUCGGCUUUACGGCACUUUCCGCCGAGUCAUCGCCGAUUCAG